AUGUCCAUGUUGUCACCAGCUGCUACGUUCUAUGAAUUGCAGGCUGCGACCCUGUUGCUCCUCUGGAUCGCGGUGUUUGUUGGAAGUGGUGUGGACUUUCUUCGGCUCGGUGAGAAGCUAUCCAACACAGCAUUGCGACCGUCUUGGAUGCCAAAAAGCUGGUUUUUGAUGCUACUCCGUUCAAGCGUCUAUCGGCCGGCAGCGUACAGCAUCGUUCCCUACAUGUUUUUCCAAGCGUUUGUCGUGGAGAAAUGGCUUCUUCACCUUCCAGUGGUGGUGGCUCUCUCUCGGUCACUGGUGGCGCUCGCAGUUACUAUCUUCCAUCUCGGUGACUCCUCGAGAACCAGUAGCCACCGAGACUAUCUGAUGCUGUACAACUGCUGGGUUUUGGCUCUGUGUGGAUGGGUCAAUUCCCUUGUGUUUCCUUCUGGAGUGGACGAGGUGGCUCAAGCUCUGGCAUUGGGCUUCUGCAUCUGGUACAUCUUUAGCUGUGGGGUAUCCAAGGUGGUGGUGGCCGGUGCUGUGGCCGAGAACGACCAUUGUAUGCCCCGGCUGAUGCAGGGAUUCCGAGCCUGGGCCUUCGGUGACACUUUGAAUGCCAUCCUUGAGACUUUCUCACGAAAGACACCGAAGGGGGGAGGCCCUGUGCUCGGGGUCCUCACCCGCAGCCUCGUUUUGAGCACCCCGCUCUUGGCGGGUGCCUCGGCGAGACCUCAAAACACCUCACUGAGUGGUCUGAAGCGCUGGGCGCUGAACUCUUGCGCUUUCGCGACGCUGGCCUUCGAGUGCUUUCUGGCACCAUUGUGCUUGGUGGUUCCCGCGCUCACGGCAGGGUCUCCCAAUGCCGAAGCCAGCUACAGGCUUUUCGUAGGCGGUGGCAUGAUCUUUCUCCACUUGGCGAUCGGUGCCUUGCAAUCGGGUGCCAUCGGUGCCUUCUUCCUCCCCUGCGCUGCCAGCUAUGUUUAUGGCUUGUCCUUCGCAGUGUCUUCCGCGCCGAGUUCCGUCACAGGUGUGAUCGUUUCCUGGAGGCUCUGGCUGCCCGUAGUGAUCACGAUGACACCGGUGUUCGGUGCCUUCUGGGCACGGCCAUGCACUCGACUCUUGCCGGAGCAUUGGCCGCUGACUCCCAUGGCUCUGUUCCCUUGGAGUGAGAAGCAGUGGGUGCUGCUGCAUAGCCUGCUUGUUCGUGGUGACACGCGAUUGGUGGCAGUGGCAGCCACGUCGGAGCAGAAGGAUAGCUCAUUGAAUCUCGCAGGGAAGCGAGUUAUUCCGAUUGAAUACGACGCUGAGGUGCCCCUGAUGGAUCGGGUCGUCGCACCACAACCAAACGAAGACCUUGUGGCUUAUGAUCUGUGGUCGCGUGUGAUCGGUAUCACCACAUUUCAGGAUCAAAUCUUGCAAGCGGUGCUUGAGUCUGCGCCAUGCUAUGACUCCGAUGUGCUGGUGGAGACGGCAGAGCUCUUGAAGGUCGCGCAAAGGAUUCUGAAUGCUACAGCUGCAUUCUUGCAAGGUGAGGAGCGUGUGGUGGAGAUAUCAACCGGUAUGACUCUUACCCAAUGCUGCUUCGUUCGUGUGAACAAGCAGCUGCGCAUUGAGGAGGUGCUUGCGGAUCCAGCAGAAAGGGCCUGA